AUGUCUGCUAACAAAGGCUGGUGGGUACCACCUGAGGGCGAAGACAGUGUGUCUCAGAAGUUCCUGAGGAAGACCAGGGAGUCUCCGCUGGUGCCUGUAGGCUUAGGAGGCUGCCUGGCAGUGGCAGCCUACCGGAUUUAUCGGCUUAAGGCCCGUGGUUCCACCAAGAUGUCCAUACACCUGAUUCACACCCGAGUGGCAGCGCAGGCUUGUGCUGUGGGUGCAGUCAUGCUAGGUGCUGUGUACACGAUGUUUAGAGAUUACAUCAAGAGAACAGCACAGGAUCCCGGGGAGAAGUAG